CAGUGAUGGGUUAACUACCAUUUACUAUAUGUCUACCUAUGUAGAGGGUACAGGCAAACUACAGAAAAGGAUAUCUUGCUACGGUCAAAGGUCAUAAUGAACGCCUUUCGUAGGGCAUAGAAUGAAUGGUGUUAUAAAGGACUAAGGACUAGGACUAAGACAAGAAAUAGGCGAAAGCUACAUCGAACAAAGCAUGCAGAUCAACGACAUUAAAAUCAGUAGUCAUUUUUAAAAUUUUUGAUAUUUCACAAUGUUUUUAGACAAAUUGGUAUCGUUUAUACAGUAAGUUUCAAGAUGCCGGUAAUGGACGUGGACACUGCCCUUCAGACUAUCGGUUAUGGGUUUGGCCAGGUGAUAAUUUUCAUCGUUUGCUUCUUCACGUACAUGUACUCCGUAUCCGAAGCCAUGAGUGUGUCCUAUAUCGUGGUGCUGACGUCAUGCGAGUUUGCGACGACCGCAGGUGAGAAGACUCUAUUGGCUAACUCCCUGUUGGGUGGAAUGGUUGCCUCCGGACUGUUCGUUGGCAUGCUGGCGGAUAAGUAUGGCCGGAAGUUCACGCUCCGGCUAGCAUUAAUAGGAGCAUUGGGCUUCUCAAUGCUAUCCGCUUUGAUGCCAAACCUUUAUGCAUUGUCGAUAACACGGAUGAUUGUGGGACUUUUCCUCUCCGCAGUUGCCUCCUUACAAGUGGCCUUUCUGACGGAGUUUCAUACACCCAAAUGGCGGCCACUCGCGGUCACCCUAUGCAGCCAAUCGCAGAGCAUGGCUUUGAUAUACUGUCCACUGGUGGCCAUGGCCAUCUUGCCCCACCACUUCACCGUUACUCUUAGCAGUCAAUUUGAUAUGCGCCCCUGGCGGUUUCUGAUGAUGGCCGUGGAGAUUCCCGGCUGGAUAGCUCUUGUGGGUAUCUGUCUUGUGCCCGAGACUCCGUAUUUUCUCUUGUCCAUCAAUAAUGGGGAAAAGGCCAUCUUGGCCCUGAAAUGGAUAUGCCGGAAGAACAGAAAAAACUGGGAGGACUUCGACAUUAUUUUGGCCGAAAAUGAAAGAGCCACGGUCGUACCGGAGGGAUUCUUUAGUAGCUUUUUGUAUGAUAGUUUCCGCCUCUUCAGGAAGCCUUAUUUCACCAAAUUUUUCAUUUGUCUGAUGCUCAUUUUUGGACUAUUCUUCAACUCCGUUGGCAUGGGCAUAUGGUUUCCAGUUAUCCGCAACAUGGACAAUAGCGUCUCUCUACGGCUGUGUGACCUCAUCAAACGUAAUCCACAAUUUGCGAGUUCCAAGGAAAAGCUUGUCAAUGGCACGGAAACGGAGGUGCCGCCAACGUGCCACGAUGUGAUGACUAACCUGAUUGAUCCCAUCUACUAUGGCUUUUCCUACAUGGGAUGUUAUAUUCUGUCGACUAUUUUGUUGCAGUGCCUUCUCCGGAAGUAUGUGAUCGCGACCCACAUCAUAGUGGCCUUCGUCUUGGGAUUGGGGCUAAAUGUUGUGAAACAACCUACUAUGUUGCUGAUCUCCUACACCCUCAUGAUAACUUUACCAGGGGUCCUCAUCCCGCUGUCCACGUCGGUGUUAAUCGACUUUCUUCCCACUCAUUUGCGAGGAAAGGCAAUCUGCUUAGUCAGAUCCAUUGCGCGGUUUGGAGCCCUGCUGGGCAGCACUUUGGUUGGGAUGUUGUUAAAGGUCUCCUGUGAUCUAACCUUGAACAUAUUCAUUCUAUACCUGGCUGUUUGUAUCGUUUUGGCCCUCCUUCUACCCGAAUAGAGGCUCGCAGAGUUGAAGACAAUAUUCAUUUUUACUGUGCUUUGUCUAUAUAUAAAUACAAUUGGAAGAUAUGAAAGCCGUUUGCCUAGCAA